AUGACAAGCAACCAAGACCUUUUUACGUGUCCAAUUUGUUUGGACAUUCUUAGGGAUCCAGUGACUCUUAACUGUGGACACAGUUACUGCAUGGGCUGCAUUAAGGGCUGCUGGGAUCAGGAAGAUCCAAAGGGAGUCUACAGCUGCCCCCAGUGCAGACGGACAUUCACUCCAAGACCCAUUUUAAACAAAAAUAAUAUUGUUGCAGAGCUUGUGGAACAGAUAAGGAAGACCAGAAUCCAAGCUGUUGUUCCUGCUCCUGUUGAAUGUGCUGGUCCCGGGGAGGUGGAGUGUGACGUCUGUGCUGGGAGAAAACUCAAAGCUGUGAAGUCGUGUCUGGACUGUCUGUUGUCUUACUGUGAAAUGCACUGUAAAGUUCACAACGAUGUACAUCCUGGGCGAAAACACAAGAUGAUUGAUGCUACAGGUCUACAGGAGAGGACCUGCACUCAUCAUGAGAAGCCUCUGGAGAUAUUCUGUCGGACAGAUCAAACUUGUGUCUGUUUUCUCUGCAUGGUGGAUGAACACAAAGGCCAUGACACGGUGUCAGCGUCUGCAGGGAGAAAGGAGAAACAGGCACAAAUGGGAGAGACCCAGAGGAAAUUUCAGCAGAGAAUCCAGGAGAGAGAGAAGAAGCUACAGGAGCUGAGGAAGACUGUGAAGGCUCUCAAGGUGAGAACUGACCACAGGUGAAGACCUCAGCUGGCUGCUGGAAGAGCCAUUUCAGGCCACACUGGUUUUGUGAAAGAGCUGAGUGAGUGGACCGGUUUUAUUCUACCCCUGUGUCUUUGUAUGUCUGCUAUCAGAGCUCUGCACAAACAGCAGUGGAGGACAGUCAUAGGACCUUUACUGAGAUGAUUCACAUCAUUGAGAGAAGACGCUCUGAGGUGAAAGAGCUGAUCAGAGCUCAG